AUGGAGGACCCUACCUUCUCACACUCUCACAAUGACGGCGGCGGCGGCGGCCCAUCAUCCCCGCCCAACGCCAGCUCUGCGCAGCCCGCCCCUUCAAAUUGGCACAACCCCUACUUAGGGCAUCGACUCCUUACCCCCUCUCAGUCCCACCUCUUGGGAGAAUACCAUCGCCUUUCAACCACACUGCGUCGUAUCCUCUCCACAUCUGCUCAGCUGAGCGCCACGCGUCCGCAUGCGCAAGUGCUCGAUGAGUUGAGGGAGACGGAAAGGAAGAUGGGUCUGGUGAUCACCCUGUUCAAGGCUAGUGUGUGGAGCAUCGUGGUUGAACAGGAUGAGAGGGCUGAGCAGGAGAGGAGACAGAGGGAACAAGAGGAGGAGGAGGCGGCUUUUAGGGAAGAAGAGGAGAGGAGGGCGAGGGGAGGUGGGUAUGCGGAUCAGGAGGAGGAGGAGGAUGAGACGGCGCGAUACUGA